CUCAUUGCACCCUCCUUUGUCGACUAGACUUGUUUGAGCUCCGCCUCUGUCAUCGAGAUACUAGCCAUGAAGCCUGGCGUGAACGUCGAGAUCUCGCAAGGGAUCGCCACGAUUACCUUCAACAGGCCGAAGAGCUACAACGCGAUCACUCCCGAAGACUACGACGCGUUUGCUGAAGCUCUGUACUCCAUUGAUCAUAGGGACGAUGUCAUUGUGACCGUUUGGCAAGCUAUGGGCAAAUUCUUCUGCUCGGGUACGGACGUAACUCGCAUGAACGAGGAAACCGGAUCCAUGCGGCAGACAUUUAUCACCGGGGUCACACGAGCGAAUACAGAUGUUGCUCACGCUCUGUAUACCCAUAGAAAACUCCUUGUGGCAGCUGUCAAUGGGCCGGUGAUUGGUAUCGCAGCUGCGUACCUGGGACAUUUCGACUUCAUCUACUGCUUGCCAAGCACUUAUCUCUCUUUGCCUUUUCCAAUGCUUGGAGUUAUAUCGGAGGCUGGAUCUAGCGUGACCUUUGUACGGCGAAUGGGAUCUGCGAAAGCGAACGAAGCCCUGAUUUUCGGGAAGAAGCUGGUCGCACAAGAACUUCUCGAUGCAAAGUUUGUCAACAAAAUAUUCCCUGAACAGCCCGUCGAGUCCUUCCAUGCUGCAGUACGUGCACAAGUCCAGAAUGAACUCGAAGGCCUUGACCACUCUGCCUGCCUUGAGGUGAAGCAGCUGAUCAAAACCGGCUUGGCCGAGAGCAAUAAUCUUGACUCUGUGAACAUGCGCGAGAGCUAUGCACAGGCUGCGCGCAUUGCGAGCGGCGUCCCUCGCGAACGCUUCGGAAAGAUUGCUCGGAAGGAGAUCAAGCACAAGCUUUGAAGAAACUUUGGAGCUCAAGUUCGACUAUGUAGAUGUGUUCGGGACUUUUUUAUGUACCAUAGCCUGUGGCGCUGCUGUAUCUAGCGCAAUUUGACUGUCCUUGAAUUUGCUCCAGG